CGCCUCUUCGCUUGGGCGCCUCGUCGUCAUGGCGGCCGUUCGGAAGCCGGUGCUGCUCGGGCUUCGCGAUACUGCAGUGCACUGCUGCCCCACGGGGCUGGGCGCCUGGACCGCGAGCAAGCUGGGCGGCAUUCCGGACGCCCUGCCCGCCGUGGCAGCGCCGAGGCCAGUGUGUGAACUUUGCAGGCAGCCGCUUGUCCUGGUCGUGCAGGUGUACUGCCCGCUGGAAGGCUCCCCCUUUCAUCGGCUCCUGCACGUGUUCGCUUGCCCCCGCCCGGGGUGCGCUAGCGGCAGGGCGCGCAGUUGGAAGGUGUUCCGCUCCCAGUGCCUGCAAAUGCGAGAGAAAGAGACGCAGGACGCUCAGAAACAGGAAAAUGGCCUCACAGCUGAGGACUGGUGUGAAGGUGCAGACGACUGGGGAAGUGACAGGGAGGAGGCGCCUCCACCACAGCUUAUCUCAGAUUUUGGAAAUGAUUCCAGCCGUGCCAAAGACAGAGACUGGACUGCCCAGCUCCAAGACCUCCGCCUGCAGGAUACUGUCCCGGGUGCUGCUCCUCCUGUGCCUCCUGGGGAAGGGAUGGCCUUGCCUUCCGUGCUGCCACAGUUCCUGCCCUACUACAUCUGUGUUGUUGAUGAGGAUGACUACAGAGACUUUGUCAGUCUAGAUCAUGCUCAGAGCCUUCUGAGGGAGUAUCAACAGAGAGAGGGAAUUGACAUGGAACACUUGCUUUCCCAAAGUCUUUCUAGUGAUGGUGAUGAAAAAUAUGAGAAGACCAUAAUUAAAAGUGGAGAUAAGAUGUUUUACAAAUUCAUGAAGAGAACUGCUGCUUGUCAAGAGCAGAUUUUGAGAUUCAAGAUUAUUACUGCAAUUCUCAGGAUCUUGUGGGCUAAUUGGUGUAUUUUGAAGAGGUGAAAGAAGAAGGCUGUAUGGUUAGAACUCACACUAAACCAUUCCAGAAAUUUCUCUGCCUUCCUCUGUGAAAAGUAAAUUAAUUACAAAAAUAAAUAUUUAAAUACAUGUGAGGUACUCAGACCUGUAUUAGACAUUUAGUGAUAUUAUGUCCUGAGCUGCCACUCUUGAGUUUUAUGGUAUUAAGUUCCUUUCCUUAUUUCAGUGCUGAUGGAAGGGAUUUUCUUUUUAAUACUUGUUUUUUUUCUAUUUUAUUUUUGGCUGACUUUUACCUUUUAUAUUCAUCAUAUCAGGUAUUAGGGGAGAAAGACCAUUUGAUUUUACUCUGUCCACUUUAUCUGGACCCAUUUUUCCAAGUUUUCCCUGUGUCAUUAUUUUUAUAUACUAUAACCUGCUGGGUAUGUCAUUUCCUCUGAGGCCUCUCUGACAUCCUACUUAUAAUAGCUAUGUUUUAUUUUCCUCAUUUAUCACUUGUGGAAAUCAUACAACAUGUCUAUUUAUUUUUAACCUCCCUCACUAGAAAGCUAAAGCUAUAAAAACACGGACUUUGUGUCAUUUCAUGCUGCACCUGCAGCAUCUAAAAUAGACCCAAUAAAUAUUUGCUGGAUGAAUGAAUACGUUCACUGAAAAGUAGGUAUUAGGCCCAUUUUACAGAAGAGAAAAUAAAGGUAAAGUCAUCUGCCCAAGGCCAAGUCUUCUAAGACCUAAACCAAGGUUCUUUUCAACCAUACCACAUUUGAAAAGGUGUUGGCUCCACCAAAUACCUACUAUAUGUUUUGCGUGAGAGUUAUAUACUGUCCUUACCACCAAAGAAUUUACAGAAAUUAGGUGAUUCAGUAGACCCUUGUCCUAAGAUGAUGAAGAAUAGGUAAAUAUGCCAGUGCUAUUAAGAGAUCCUAGGGCUUCCCUGGUGGCGCAGUGGUUGAGAGUC